ACGCCUCGCUCCAGACGCUCGUGUCCGCGCAACCGUGAACGAGCUCGAGAGGAAGAAAAACUCUAGCACGCUUGCAAACGGGGUCACGAACUAUGACCUUUCACUGGAGUAAAACAAUAACAAAUAAUGUGCAAUAAACCCGAGAGCAAAAACACUGCGCCCGUCCGUAUCGCAGGUGGAGGUGUUGCUGGCGGAUGCAGAGCUGGCCUUUGUCCAAUCAGACAUUUCUAAUGACUUCACUUCACCAUGACAACCAAUGUGGAGGUGCUGGCUCAGCAGAUCUUGAGCGCUGAGCAGGUUUCAGAGUGCUCUCCGUCAGACCGCUCGGUGAUGAGCUCCUCUCCUCAACGCAUUCAGAUCAUCUCCACGGACUCCUCGGUCUCAACCCCACAGAGAAUACAGAUAGUCACUGAGCAGCAGACGGGUCAAAAGAUCCAGAUAGUGACAGCACUAGACUCCUCUGUGCCCAAACAGCAGUUUAUCCUGGCAGCAGCCGAUGGCUCCUCAGCAGGUAAAGUCCUCCUGGCGUCACCUGAGGGUACGAGUGCCAAACAGCUUAUCUUUGCCACUGCUGACAGCCUGGUGCCUGGACGAAUUCAGUUUGUAACAGAUGCAGUAUCAGUGGAGAGACUUCUAGGUAAAGGGGCAGACAUGAGCCGAGCCCAGCCUGUAGAGUACUGCGUGGUGUGUGGAGAUAAAGCCUCAGGGAGGCAUUACGGGGCGGUCAGCUGCGAAGGGUGUAAAGGAUUCUUCAAGCGAAGUGUGCGCAAGAGUCUGACAUACAGCUGCCGCAGUAACCAGGACUGUGUGGUCAACAAACACCAUCGCAACCGCUGCCAGUUCUGUCGUCUCAGGAAGUGCUUGGAGAUGGGCAUGAAGAUGGAGUCUGUGCAGAGUGAGAGGAAACCCAUUGAUCUUCCUAGAGAAAAACCUGCUAACUGUGCAGCAUCCACAGAGAAAAUCUACAUAAGGAAAGACCUGCGAAGUCCCCUUAUUGCAACACCCACCUUCAUCUCUGAGAAAGACCCUUCACGGUCCAGGCUGUUGGACUCUGGGAUGCUCGUCAACAUUCAACAACCUUUAAUACAAGCCGAUGGCACAUUACUAUUAGCAACAGACAAAGCAGAAUCGGGACAAGGUGAUCUGGGGACGCUAGCUAAUGUGGUUUCAUCAUUAGCCAACCUGAGUGAUCCAGUGAGUAACGGAGAGAUGACCGGCGGCCAGCUGGAGGAAUCCCCCAGUGAAAUCACACGUGCCUUUGACACGCUAGCUAAAGCUCUGAACCCCAGCGAGGUGACGGAGGGCCAGAGCUUGUCGGAGGUGGAUGGGGUGGGAGGAGCAACGAUACAGGUGAUCAGCAGGGAUCAGGUCACACCGCUCAUAGAAGUGGAGGGACCUCUGCUCACGGACACACACAUCAGCUUUAAGCUGACGAUGCCAAGCCCAAUGCCCGAGUAUCUAAAUGUCCAUUAUAUCUGUGAGUCUGCGUCCCGCCUGCUCUUCCUCUCCAUGCACUGGGCUCGCUCUAUCCCAGCAUUCCUUGCUCUCGGGCAGGAGUGUAACACAGCUCUGGUGCGAGCCUGCUGGAACGAGCUGUUUAUUCUGGGUCUGGCACAGUGCGCUCAGAUCAUGAGUCUGUCCACCAUCCUGGCUGCCAUCGUCAAUCAUCUGCAGUCCAGUAUCCAGGACGUAGACAAGCUAUCGAGUGAACGUAUUAAACUAGUCAUGGAGCACAUAUGGAAGCUGCAGGAGUUCUGCAACAGCAUGACAAAGCUGCAGACAGAUGGUUAUGAAUAUGCCUACUUAAAAGCCAUUGUCCUGUUCAGUCCAGAUCAUCCAGGUUUGAGCAGCUGCAGCCAAAUUGAAAAGUUCCAGGAAAAAGCUCAGAUGGAGCUCCAGGACUAUGUGCAAAAGACCUACCCCGAGGACACCUACAGGUUGGCCCGAAUCCUGUUGCGUUUACCAGCGCUGCGGUUGAUGAGUUCCAGUAUAACCGAGGAGCUGUUUUUUACUGGCCUUAUCGGAAAUGUACCGAUCGACAGUAUCAUCCCAUAUAUCCUCAAAAUGGAGACUGCAGACUACAACAGCCAAAUAACAAGCCCCUCUGUGUGAUCAUUCUCUGACUGGCAUAUCAUUUUGUUUUUGAGACUUAAGUCAUGCAAGUCCUCACGAUGACUCAAAUCUAUCACAUUAUAUCGACCAACAAGCUCUACCUCAAGAGGAGCUGCAGCAGUGAAGGCCUUUCAGUACGUGACCGCCACCACAGAAAUGUUGUGUUGUAGUUUACAGAGAGAUGCAUUAUGGGACUAGUUCCAAUGACAAGACGCUCGCCUCGGAAAUCAAACAAAGGCCUUUCUUUUUUUAAAAAUGUAAUUUAAAAACACUUGAGCACUUCGUGAUGAUUCCAGUGGAAACGAUCCAAAACCAAACAUUGAAAUCCCCAGAUUCUUACCAGGAUAAUAUCUACAAUGAUGGUCUUUUCCAGUGGAAGGUGUCCUUCUAGGUUGAAUGUAACCGUUCACAUCAAGACCGUUUUCUUCUGGAUCCUUGAAUCGCUACUCAUUAAUGUUUCUCAUUGAUAAAGCAGUUAUUGAGUACUUCUGUCGUCAUGACAAUCAGCCUCCUCAAACUCAUGUAUUUAUUUCAUUGAGUCUAACUCUAUAGUUAAUACAAAUGUAGAUAAUAUGAUUUGCUUGAUUUCAAAAAUCAUCUGUUAUUAAAUGAUAUAUAGGAAGUAUUUGAUCUGUAUCUUUAUAGCAUUUGACUGCUGCUGCGUUGUACAAAAGGUGUCACUUUCAGAUGUAAUAUAUCCACAUUUGUGAUGGUUUAAUGCACUUAGAUGACUCAUUUGAAGAUGUGUGCACAGAUCGUCCUAGUUUCUAAGUAAGUGUCUCAUUUUGUCCUCAUUUUGUAGUAAAAGUGUUGACAUGCACUUAUACAGAUGUUCCCCCUCAAACUAAUGUUCAGCUACCCCUUAUUUAUUUAUUUGGAUUUAAGAUGAGUGGAGGUGUGGGGUAAAUAUACUUGAACUUCCAGACUGCAGUAUUGGAUCGCCACAUUGCUUUCGAUGUCCCAACAAACUAUAUGAUAAACCACCAGAAGCAUUGCAUGCUUAUUACAUUUCAAAAGGAUUUUGUUUGCUAUAACCAACUGUGCAGCUGUGCAGUUUGCCUAAGAUCUGUCCAAAAUGUGCCUCAUGUAUUUCAGAAGUACAGAUGCAUGCUUCCUUUAUGCAGCAGAAGAAUCUCGAAACAUGUCUGAGUUUAAGUGGAUUUCCGUUUUCUGAAUCAAAAGGUUUAAUGACUUUUGCCAUUGUUUACAUACUUUACUGUAAAGUGACAAGUGUUGAGUAGAUGGCCGAUGGCAAAUAGGUUUUAUAUUUGAGAGAAGAUUGAUUCACUUCUCUAUGAAAAUGAGCGUGCAACCUUAAUCGUCAGCAAUGUCACAAUUAUUCUUUAUAGAAUUUACUUAAACCCUGUUUUACAGUUCACACCUCUGUCUGUUUCCCAUAAAUGUUUUUAAAGUUUAUUGUUUUAGUAUUGGCUCAGAAGUCUUCUUUACCUGAUCUCAGUCUCUAAAUCCUAGCGGUUCCUUCAAAAUACACCCCCAUAAAGUGUUUUAUAUGGUUUUCUAUCCUUAUUUUAAACAAAAUUGUGUAAAAAUGUUUUAUUUUUUUUCUGUCUGUCAGUAAUAGAUUUAUGGGUGUUGUAAUGCCAUGCUGUAAUUCUAAUCAUAUUUGUGUUCAUCUGUCAAUUAGAAAGCUGUGCAUGAACUAGCUUAUACAUUUUAUUAAAUUCUAUACUGAUGUGGAGUUUCUAUAUUGUGGCAUGAAAAAAAAAGUCAAUACCCCUGUUAGAAACCAUUAUGAAACUGGACAUUGCAUUGCCAUGGAAAUGGUACUCUAACAGGAGACGUCACCCUUUCAAUAUUACAAAAUGGUUAUUUUGUGAUAGAAGUAAUCGAAAAAUCACCCAGCGGCCUUUUAGUACAUCUCCUUCAGACCAUCUCAAAGGAACCUCAACUGAUCUUAAAUGUGUAACAAUUUAUUUAGACAUAUGGAUUGAAUUCUAGCACUUUUAAUAUUUUUCAUGAUUAUUUUAUAUGAAGUGAAAAUUACAGCACGUUUUCUGUACAGUAAACUCCAACUUCUACAACUA